UGUGAUCGCUGGUAUGAUCUUUAAGACAGAAUUUUCAUUUGAGUGAGAAUAAAAUGGGGGUUCAUAAUAUUAUAUGUGUGCUUCUUGCUAUUGUUGUAUCUAUAACAUCAUUACCAUUAAGAACUCAAAUAGAAACAGUGACGGAAUUAAGUGAUUCACUAAAAGUGAUACAUUUAGAAGAAACAAUUAAUAACAAACCAGAUGAUAAUAAAUCAAAACUACAUAGUGACUUACAACAUGAAGAAAAUCAUAAUAUAUCUGAUGAAAUACUCGUUUCAAGAAAUCUACAACGAAACAACAUAAGACCAGGAAUGACAAUUUUUAGUAAUGAGAUAACAUUAACGCCUGAUUUGAAUGCAGGAACAUUUACUGGCGUUGCUGAAAUAGAUGUGAGACUAUCCAGCGAUACAUCCGAAGAUGAAGUCGUUUUUAGUUUUGAUGGUCUAAAUGUAGAUUCAAUUUUACAAUCAGUUGGUGGAGGAACAACGUACGAACAACCAGCUGGGUUCGACACUGAAGAUGGCUUGUUGACCAUUUUUACGGGUAGAAAUUCUGUACGAUUUAAUUUUAUUAUAAACUAUUCCGGCUCCUUAGAUUCAUGGGGAAAUGGAUUAUAUCGUGGAAAUUAUGGAACUGACACCUACUUAGCCAUGAAUUUACAUCCAACAAAUGCACGGCGCGUAUUCCCGUGCUUUGAUGACAUCACAGUUCCUGCAAAUACAUUUUCUUUAAAUGUAGCUGGUCUCAAUUACCAAAAUAUGGCAUCAAAUACUGCGGUGCAAUCAGUUGAAGAUGGCGUGACAAAAUUUACACCGAUGAUUAAUUCAUUCCCCUAUCUUUGGGGUCUCGUUGCUCAUAAUAUGAAUGCAGUCAGUAUUCAAUUCCAAAAUGUUAUAUUUUAUGUCCGACAAGGGGUAAUGAAUCAAGAUGCCCUCUCAAGUUCAGCAAUAAACAGCUUCUUCAGCACUUUAACUGAAUGGACGAAAAAGCCGUAUGAAGAGAUAUUUAAUGGUCAAGAAGAAAGACUGCACAUAUUGGCAGUACCCGAUGUGGAUCGGGAUUGGUACGCACUAUCGACUAUCUCCAUUUGGGAACCAUACGUCUUGAUGGAACUUGGAAGUCCCGCUUCUCAGAGAAAAACAGGUUUGAUGAAACUGGCUCAGGCCUUGGCAAGACGUUGGUUUGGAUAUGUAUUGAUGCCGGAGUCCUGGAAUAGUCAAUGGGUCAUUUCUGGACUUGGUACCACAGCUGCCUUUGAAGCAUUCAGAAUUUUUCAAACUGAUCCGAGUGGGGCUGAUGUGACUUUGUUAGACGCAGAUGCAAUAUUUCUAAGUGAUAUAAUACAAGAAAGUUUAUAUAUGGAUGGAUAUCCAACUAUUAAUCCAAUUCUGACAAGCGAAGAAGACUUCGAAGAAGAUUGGGUCAGAAGUCACGUAAACGGACCAUUAAGAUUCAAAGCUCCUGCAAUAAUAAGAAUGUUACAGUUAACAAUGUCAACAACAACUGACUAUAUUCAGCAAAGUGCAGCUCAGAUGCUUAGUACCAACUCAUUAGAAAUUGUAAGUUCUUCGGCGUUUUACUCUGCCCUCGAAGGUGCAUAUGGACAAGAACCAAAUAGAUUGAUUGGUGAUAUAGCCGACUUUUUAUCACCAUGGAUUGAGAACUCUCACUAUCCAAUGGUCAGAGUAACCAUAGAUAGAACAAUUAUUAGUUUGUCCCAGGUGCGUUUUUCGUUUGCCGCCGUGUCAGAUAUAGCUUAUCCGAUACCUAUCACGUAUACGACCAGUAUAAACCCCAAUUUUGACAACUUACGUCCCGAGCUUAUAAUGGAAAAUAGCCACCAGAUUAUCAACCCUGGUCUGAGCACCGAGGAAGGUGAAGAAGACUGGAUUAUUUUCAAUAUUCAAGGCCAAGGCUACUACCGUGUUAAUUAUCCGACGGAAAUGUGGGAAGUAUUUGCUCAAGUAUUGGCUGACCCUGAGAGAAGAGCUGCUAUACAUCCUUUAAAUCGAGCUACUCUUAUCGAUGAUGCAUUGAACCUUGCACGUGGUGGGCACAUAGGUUAUGAGGUCGCUAUGCCAAUUGUGCUUGGUAUGGAGCUUGAAACCGAAUAUGUCGUGUGGAAGGCCUUUGUCCGCAACAUGGAAUUCCUAAAGAGAUUCCUAUUAGCACUUGUUGAAGAGGAUGAAGACUUGGAUCCAGAUAUAUACCUGAGAAUGAUUCGCAGAACGGUAGUAGGCCUUGAGCAAGAAUUGACCUUCACUCCAGAGCUGAAUGUGAAUGAACCAGCUAUGACGUCACUGGUGCGAGGUCUGGUCAUGGACCACGCUUGUAGGAGCAACUAUGACCCUUGCAUUGCAGCCGCUGUUGAUUGGUUCCGUGAUCCCAACGACAAUACAAUCGUGAACCCUAACAUCCCAGCUGACCUAAGACCAGCAGUAUACUGCACCAGCGUCAUGAUAGGUGGCGAAGAAGAGAGGGAACUACUUUUCAACCGCUUGAGUUUAAUCACAAAUGGCUACGAGCGCUUGGUCAUUCUGGAGUCUUUGGCCUGUUCUCAAGAUACGGGCUUCAUCCUAACUUACCUCCAGGAGACCCUAGGAGAUACGUAUUUUGUUGAAGAAAGAUCGAGAAUUUUCAAGGCAGUGGUCCAGUCCAGCCGACAGAACUUGGCAACAGCCUUACAGUUUAUAUCCAUAAAUACAAAUAACAUCCGACAAGCGUAUGGUGGUAGUGACAAAUUGGAGGAUAUAAUCGCCGUAUUGGCUGGAAACAUUCCCGAUGAAGAUUUAACGAGAAACUUCGUGGAGUGGGUUAACAAUAGGAAUAACGAAUUAGACGACUCAAUACUAUCUGCCGAGAGAGCAAGGGACCGAGUGAUUCAGGAUAAUAUUUGGCGUAUGACGAACUUGCAGGAUCUUUACGAAUGGAUUGACGAAAAUGACGCCCCAACCCUAAUGAUAUCUAUGUUUUUAAUUAGUGUAUCAUUAUUUAUAGCUUUGUUUAACCAUUAAGAAAUAUUUUAUUAUUAGAAUCAAUGACGUUCUAUACAUAAUGUCAUUGAUUAGAAUAUUAUUUUUGGAUUUUAAAUAGAUUUAAGUUCAUUUAUUACUAUAGUUUAUCAGUGACAUGAUAUCGUUUAUUGGAAUCGCUGUACAAGUAGGGAGUUAUAGGCUGACUUUUUAUCUGAGUCUUCGCCUGCGGGGUACAGGGGCGCGGGGGUUGACGACAAGGGGACUGAGACAGGUGCGGGCGGCGGGGGCGCUUAGUGAAAUGAGCGAUUACAAAAAUUCGCCCGCCGCCCGAACCUGGAGUUCUUCUCGCAAAAUCGACAACGAUACAUUCAGAACGAUACGAUAAUACUCCGAAUAUAUCGCAACUACCCUACUCUAACAAAUGUUCGAAUUCCUUAUCGUUUAUCGUUACCAUAGAUUUUGAUUUUUUUACGAUGUUAGUGUGAAUGUAAUAUGUUCAAACCUAAACAUUAUCUGUGCUUUGUCGCUGUGAAGUGUCAAAAGUCAAAACAUAGUUUAGGCGCUAAGGACCAUGCCAGACUCUGCACCACCAAUUUGGUAUCAUUUACACAUAAUGUAAAUGUUAAAAAAAUAUGUAAUGAAUAUAAUAUGACUAUUUUAAAUUGAAUAAAUAAUACAAAACUCGCGGAUAAUAAAAUGUAAAAAAAAGUAACUCAACCCUUCUCGUCGACUUCCUAUUUCUCAGGCGGCCAUUUGCAUUAUUUCUACGCAUAAACGAUCAACAAAAUGACUUAAAUGACUUAGUAGUAAAAAAAUCCUGUUGAAUAGUAAAUCACAUAUAAUUAUUUCAAUAAUAUUUAUUAAGUAUGUAUUUUGUAUGGCAAAUAUAUCUAUACAACUUGAAACGAUAAUAGCAACGACAGCCUAGAUGGUGUCGUUGAGAUUAUCGUAAAAGUGACGUUUGAUUAUUUGUGAAAUUCGAAUAUUCGUCUCUGACAUUUUCAACUAAGAGUAGGGUUAGGACCGAUAAUAUCGAAUAAUGUUUCGUUCGUUCAAUCAUCGUUUUGACAUUGAAUACGACGUAACUAAGAGUAGGAUUCGACACGACUAAUGCCACGAUUUAUCGAAUAUCGAUUUUAGGAGUAGGCCCCCUGUCUCAGUCCACUUUGUCAUCAUACCCCCGCGCCCCUGUACCCCGCAGGCGCGGAAUCAGAUAAACGGUUGGCCUAUAAGUUGAGUAAAGUAUUAUUAAGUAGUUUUUAUAUUAUUUAGGAUAAUUAUUAUAAAAUGUAGUCGUUACUAUGUAGCUAUAUAAAGCUUAAAUUUAUCUCUAUUCUUAAUUUAAUGAUUAUUUAACGUUUGAAUUUGCGGGAAACUCAGUACUAUUAUCCUUGAUAGUUUUUGAAGUUUCAUAGGUCAGUGUUUUGAGGCAAGCGAAGAGAAAAUUAAGUAUUUACAAUAUAACCGCUGACUAAAUGUAUGUACCGUAACUAUUUGCUUAAAAAGUUAUUUUUGGAAGGAAGCUUUCAAAGUGGCAUGUCUGUUAAUAUUGUUUUAGGAUGACCCAGAGCAUUUUGACAACUUAUUACAAGAAAUGUAAUAUUUUAAUUUCCUGUUUCGCUUGAAGCGGAAUAAAGUAUGCUUAAAUAAUAUAAGUAUGCUAUGGAUGGUCACGCUACAUUACUUUUCUAGUAAUGAAUUAUGUUUGAUGGACUAUUUUGUAUUUUUAUUGACUUUUUUGUAACGAAUAGUAUUAAGUCUUAUAUUGUUUAAAGAUAACAUUAUAAUAAUUUUCGAAUAUUAACCACGUCAGUAUUGCACAAAGUGAAUGCUAGUAUUAAAAGUUUGUUGUAUUAAAAAUGUAUGUUAGUAAGCUUAUAGAAAAUAAGAAUUUAUAAUUUAAUAUUUUAAUUAAUAUGUUAAAAAGUUUUCUAAAAUUUGAUAGCAUUAAUUAUUAAUUUAAUUAAUUAAUAAUAUAAAACUUAAUGCAUUUUCACUCGUAGUUGUAUAUUAUUAAUGUAGAUAAGAUUAAAACUAGUUAUAUAUAAUAAAAACAUUAUUCAAUUAUUUGGGAAGAAGUGCUAAAUAUAUAACAAAUGCGUCCUCUUGUUAUAUAUUUAGUUUAAUUUAAUUUAAGUUUAUUUUAUUAAUUAUAACACAUUUUAAAAGUUUUCACUGUUUAUUGCUUUAUUUGCCUCGCUUGUGCGAAAUAAAUUAAACGCAUAUUUAUUUAAAUAAAUAUUUUAU